AUGCCUCGACGAGGUCGUGCUCGCGAGUACGAUGAGGAAGACAUGUACGAAGUUGAGCGUGAUGUGUAUCCACGACGAGGCAGGGAUGAGCGCUUUUUUGAGGAGGAGGAUAUAAGAUACAAGCGUCGAGGCUCAGAGGGACUACCGCUUGACAAGCUCGAACGCUUGCACCUUGAAGCACAAAGGAAACCUGAAAUGAUACGCGAGGCUCAUGGCUAUCCCCGUGAUUUAGCGCCACCAAUCUUAAGACGCGAGCCAGAAGACCUUGAACUACCUCCUCGUGAGAGACCGCGCCGCUUGAAAAAAGACUGGGAGGAACAACCGCCUCUCCGCGGACGGCCCCGUUCGAGGGAACGGGAUAUAGAGGAAGAGAUCAUGUUUCGCGAGGAAACAGACCGAAGGUACUCUGAUAGCGAGUCCGACGGUGAUAUCGUUGUUGUACCGAGAAAAGAACGGCCGGUGCAUCGACGCAGGUACGAGAUUCCAGAGGCCCCACCCAAACCACGCAGUCGGAGUCUUCUGGAGGAAAGAAGAUUGCGCGAGCUGGAUUACAAGCAAGAUGACGUGCGGCUUCGAAGGCCCGAUGUGAAGGAAUACCAUAGAGGGCACCGCAGUGGCCCUUUCUAUGAGAGAUCAUCACAUUCGCGACACAGGCACAGAUCACACCGUCACAAAAGCAUAGAUGAUGCCGACGACGAGCUUGAUGAAGAGGUCGAUGAGGAGGAAGUCUCGUUCUGGGAUCCUAGGGAAAGAAGACCUGAAAGGAGUGUGGAGGACAAGGAGGUUAUUUUUGAAAGACGGGAAAAGUCGUCAUCUCCGGAAAUUGCAAUUCCGAGAGUGCCAUCGCCGGGGCAUGGUAGACCCAUUCGUGAUGGCUAUAGAACAAAGCCUAGCAUGUCUCGAGCUCAUAGCCCUGAGAUUACACUCACAGAAGCAGAGUUUCGCGAACGUGAGAGACGCCGGAAAGGACGAAUGGACAAGGAAGAGGUCCUCAUUCUUCGACGAGAGGAAGAGGAAUUCCCCCAACCUCGGCGGGAAAAGGUUGUACCUAUUGACCCUCCCAGGCCUAGGUCAAUGGAGCGCGAAACGGAAAGGCUCACAGUGAUACGGCGGGAUGGUAGCCGGGAAUCGCUCGUCGAAGAAAAAUUCGAAGAAGAGGAUUUCUACAGGCUCCGUGGGCAUCGCACUCCUCCUAGGAAGGACCUUAAAGCCGUGGAAGAGCUGGAUAUUAUCAGAGCUGCACCCAAGGAAGAGAAACGGACUGAGAUAGUAACUCAAGAAAUCAAGCCUCCACGAUACGCAGAUCGUGAGUCUAAGCUUGUUGUUAAAGACGUGAAAGAGUCUGACGAUAUCCCGGAACGACAACUUGGGCGAAUAGGACGACGAUACGUUGGGCUCAAAGACCGUCGUGACGGCCUUUGGACAGAAAUUACGAAGGACCUGAUAAACGACGUCGACGCACUGAUUGAGCGCUCGGAAGAGAUUCGGCGUGCACGCCGUCGUCGAAUUCAAGAGAUCCACCGUGAGCGAGCAUCUCUGCCUCGUGUAGCUGCUCCUCCUCCACCACCUCUGAUACCUGCAGCGGACAAAGCAGCGCCCCUGCUUCUCGACAACCAACCACCACCUCCCCGCUUCGUUCGGGAUGAGCGGAGAAAGAAGGAGCGGGAUCUGGUCGUCGAGGGCAACCGCUGGAGGGGCCCUCAGCGCCCAGGGCGGUGGUGA